AUGUACGAAGGGAUUGACAACCUGAAAUCCCUUUACGACCGUGCCGGGAAGACUUUCUCCGGCGGUCCUUCUGCGGCACAGGAUGUGCCGCGUCGUACUGCUCAACCAGACCCAGUACGUCGAUCAUCAGUUGGGAGCGGGGCUCCCAAGAAUCCCAGGACGGGGGAUAGCCGCGCCACCGGACGAGAUAACUCGUCCGACGUCCGUUCACGUCGCGGUGGUUCAACAGCUGCUCAACUAGAUAGCGCUGGCCACCGCGAGAGUCCUCUAAUGGAGGUGGAGGAGGAGGAAAGACGCUCUCCACACGAUCAUGUGGAUCGGUGUGUUCCCGAGAGCUUCUUUGAUCGCGUAACGCAAGGGUUACGCGACGAUCUCGAACAUGAGCGGAAUAGGCGUCUCCAAAUGGCGGACACUGCCUCGAAGCAUCGAGCUGAGUUUGCCUUUGCUCAGCUUGAGAACGAGAGAUCUCUGACAUCUCUUCGUGACGAGCUAAGGGUAGCUCGUGGGAUUGUUGACCGGUCUCGGGCUGAGAUAACUGCUCUUCAGACCCUUGUUGAUGCCCACCAUCGGGAGCACAAGGCUCUCUGCGAGAUGCUUGAGCGCAAGGGCGUUCUUCAUCGGAAGAAGCAGCGUACUGAUGGUACGGCUUAA